AUGAAAACUUCGGAAUCAUGUACAGAACCAAAAGGAGUCAAAGAAUUAGCAAUAUUAGAGCAUAUCUUGAAUGGCCAUAUAAAGACUGUCCACACGGAUGAACACACGGAAUAUGAAACCCAGAAACACACGUGCGAGCUGCGCGGGAGGCGAUUUGUAUACCGAAAAGAUAAAGACACAAAUAAUUGA